UUAAGCAAAUUGUUCAGCUGUACGAACUUUUUUUGUAUCCCCCAUCGAAACCCCAUUCAACCCAAUGCAAAUGCCUUUCAGUUUAACAAAAUUCAGUACAGUGGCAUUUCAGUUCUGUGAUCAUAUUCUGCUACAUCAUCAUCAUCAUGAUUUUUAUUUUUACCACUGGAUACAAGGUGAAAAAGGGAGAGCCGGGAAAAAAGCCGAAAUCUCUUCGGCUUGAGAAAGUUCCGGUCUCCCAGACAGGCACGGAAGCGGCUGGUGUAGCAAUACAAUUACGCAUAAAGUGUGGAUAUAAGAGUUUUUUAAACACAAAUACAUAUAGAAAUUUUCAUGUUAUUACAUGGAAACUAGUUGUAAUACAGUUGUGUCAAAUGACUCCCAGUAUACAAUUAUAAUCUGUUAUCUUGCAUAUUAUUAUUUAACACAGACUCAGUUGCAUAUAUCAUAGUGGACUUGGAAGCACCGAACGAGUACGGAUGCUGAUCAAAUUUUUUCUGAUCGCACAGAUCGUGCUGUCGAGGACCGGAUUCGUCGACGCAGGGUCUGAGCAUGCACUGCAUCAGGCCUAUCUACUGCUACCUCCGGCUGUCUGCCCUGCUGGCUUCAUCGGACAAAACAAGUCGCAGGAAGCUGUACCACGUGCACUGCACUGGGACCACCUGACCAGCACGGUGACGUCGACGGAGACAUCGUGGCACCCGGAUAAAAGCAGCAGCCUUUUCGACAUUCCCUUCAGUGGACUUGGAAGCACCGAAUGAGCACGGAUGCUGAUCAAAUUUUUUCUGAUCGCACAGUUUCUUCCUCUGGGCUUAAGUGGGACGCUUCUCCAUCAUUGGUGCGAAAGUGCCUCCAGAACCUUCCCGGAUUAUUACGCCCGUCUCGUGCUUCUGAAAAGAGCUUGCGGUAUUGGCGUGAACAGACAGAGUUCAUCACUUGUGCAUGUGCAACACAUUGGCGGAGGCAAUACGAACUGCAUUUCUCACUAGCUGGACAAGUCGGAAUGGCAAUGCACCUUGGAGAACAAGACUCGAAUUGUGAAAGUCUGGUGGUUUCACAGAACUUUGUUUUAUGUCAAGAUGGGCUGACACCAUGUCACCUGAUGCUGUCACUCUCUGAUCGCUUUCAAGAUAUGGGCCCGCUCUUCAAGGCAAAGCGACGAGAACACGGAGUUCAAGAUAUGGUCCACGCGGCGCAUAAUGGUUUGACGUGGGUGGAUAAGGCACUAAAGAGCAGUAUCAGCUUAUAAUGAUCAGAACGUCAUCAGCACACCUGGCGCCGCCGUCUGCAGCAGUCCGUGUUGCUGCGACGCUGCUGUUUAUACCAGUCAUAUUAACUUCCAUAACAGUCUUUUUUGUUCAAGUACCCUAAAGAGCCCAGGAGGCAUAGGGGUGGGGGAUGUUACGAUUGGCCAGCGGGGAUAGUGACCUUCUGGCUUCACUGCAAUGAAUCGCUUCGUGAAGCCAACAACACGCCCCCUUCGAAUAGCCCUUCGGAGCCCGUAAGGCUAGACACGUUUGGCGGACAGGAUUGUUAGCUGGUUCGCUGUCACCUUCAGGGACCAAUUGGAGCAAGAAAACUCCUGGAAAUGUUUGUUCUAUGGCAUUCCCCCAUGUACUCUGGUAAUAGUCACGGUCAUGACAGAUUCAGCAGCAAACUGCAGAGUCAGCUCAGGAACGACAUGCCAGCUUGAGUCAAGCGUGACAACACCUGUCUAUGAGGCCUCACUGGUUUUGGUGUGUUCAGUAAAACAAAAGUGCAAGAGAGUGUGUGAACCUUCGCCCUCAAAGGCAGGUACUUCGACGACUUUGGACGCUUUGAUUGGAUGAAGGUUGGAUGGCAGCUUUCCCUGGCUUAGGGAUCUAGUAAGGACAGAGAGUGUUUAAGCAGACAUUUUCGGCUGUUCAGUGUGCAUUUCAGUCAUGCUAGACUGAUCAGAUGUAAUGUUCUCCACCCUUCAUGUAGAUAUUGUAAAUAAAUCCCCUACUCCUCAUUCCUCCCUUCAACAACAUCCUUAGCAUGAAUGAGUCGGACGAUGGUAUGGGCCAGGUACCCUUUUCAUGGCAGACACCAUCUCUUACAGGGAUUACAAUGAAAGGAGCAAAACAUACCAAAAGUACACAACUAAACAAGAAAUAUGAAUUGGAACAACAUGAA